CGCCCCGGAUUCCGCCCCCCCGGGGCCCCUCACCCCGGCCUCCAGCCCCCCCGGACGCUCCAGCGCUGGCCGGGCCGAUGAGCGGCCAUGGCCGCGGCUAUCGCCAGCUCGCUGAUCCGGCAGAAGCGGCAGGCCCGGGAGUCCAACAGCGAGCGGGUGACCACGUCCAAGCGCCGCUCCAGCCCCAGCAAGGACGGGCGCUCCCUGUGCGAGAGACACGUGCUGGGCGUCUUCAGCAAAGUGCGCUUCUGCAGCGGCAGGAAACGGCCGGUUCGCCGGAGACAAGAACCCCAGCUGAAAGGAAUUGUGACAAGGUUAUUCAGCCAGCAGGAAUACUUCCUGCAGAUGCACCCAGAUGGUACGAUUGAUGGGACCAAGGACGAAAACAGCGACUACACCCUCUUCAAUCUAAUUCCCGUGGGCCUUCGUGUGGUGGCGAUCCAGGGGGUGAAGGCAGGUCUCUACGUCGCCAUGAAUGGUGAGGGAUAUCUCUACAGCUCAGAGAUUUUCACACCAGAGUGCAAAUUUAAGGAAUCGGUCUUUGAAAACUACUACGUUAUUUAUUCUUCCACAUUGUACCGGCAGCAGGAGUCUGGACGAGCGUGGUUCCUGGGGCUCAACAAAGAAGGUCAAAUUAUGAAGGGGAACCGGGUGAAAAAAACCAAACCCUCGUCACAUUUUGUACCCAAACCCAUUGAAGUGUGCAUGUACAGAGAGCCAUCACUGCAUGAAAUUGGAGAAAAACAAGGACGCUCAAGAAAAAGUUCAGGGACACCAACUAUGAACGGAGGCAAAGUUGUUAACCAGGACUCGACAUAACUGACAAACAUCCCUCUCCCUCUCUUCCAAUUCUUCCCUUCCCCUCACCUCCCCACCCCGCCAGCGAAACCACACCAAGACAACAAUAAACUGAGCAAGGCAGGACCUACCGGUAGCGGCUAGGAUUCUGAACUCAAAAAUCUUUCUUCGUGUAGGGCGAGGAAAUCAACUCCCAAAUCUUGCCUGUUGCAACGUUUAAAAAAAACCCGAAGAAAAAAUGUUUUAAAUCAGGACUCCAUUAACAUUUUAAAUGCAAACUGUUUGCUCUUUGAUCAAAAGGAAAAAUCUCUUCUCUGCAUAGUAAUAAUAAAUAAUUGUUAACUAAUACAUAAUAAUAAUAACAAUAAAGAUGUUACCUUUAAAA